GGAAGAUUUGCGCAACUUUUCCCAACCAUGGCCGAAGUUCCACCAGUGCCGGAGCCUAGCGCUGCAGCGGCAGAUGCGCCUGCAGCCGGGAUGGAGCAGGUGGAUGAGCAACCUCUUCGUGAUCAGCCUCCUUCGGGGCAACCUCUUCCUGAUCAACCUGCUUCGCUACAGCCAUCACUAGCCCGUGCAAAGGACAUGUAUGCCAAACACAAUGGUUUGGAACCUUCUGCAGUUACUGAGGAGAUGCUUGUGAACAGUGAUCUGGGGGUGGAAGGAUGGGCAUGCCAUGGAAUGGAUUGCAAAGCCCGAGGGCCGAUGGGGAACCAAAUGUACCGCCAGAUCAAGAAGCACCCAAAGGCUUCCGAGUCCUACAAGUGGCUUUUCGACAACUUGAAGCUGAAGUUUCGACAGUCUUGGGCCAUGCACAAGAACUUUGACUUCAUCAGCACAAAGAGGAUCCACACUAUCUCCACCAAGACCAAACAGGAGGAGGUGGGGACGUGGAAGAACAAGCUACAGCUCGAAGCCCACUACGGGGGGGUUGGGAUUCCAGAAGCAGUGCGGCAGGCUGAGAACUACAUCAAGAACUGCUUCAAGUUCAAGGAGAUCUUUGUCAUGCACAACACAUGGACCGAUGCUGAGAACUACUUGCUGGUGGAGAAACUUGUUUCAAAAACCGAGGAGGAAGCAUGGAAGGAAGUGGCAGAAAAAUGUGACGGCAGUGGCACCUACGAGACUGAGAGCUACAAGUGCAAGGCUAUCCGCAAGUACGCCAUCUACAAUGGACUCGCUGUCGAAGCCGUCACUCUCGAGACAGUGCAAUCUUCGCCAGCAGGGCUGGUUGGGUGGGCAGAGAUGAAUGUGGUUGUUCCCGGCAUUGACUCCACUCCCAAGCCACCUGCAACCCCACAGGCAGCAGCAGCAGUUCCAAGUGAAAAUGCAGCCACGGAGCCGGAGAAGAGCAAGGGGAAGGGGAAGAACAAACGUGGCAGAGGCAAGGAGCAAGAGUCUCAGGAACAAAGCACUCGCAAGACACCGAGGACAAAGGCAAAGAAAGAAUUGUCCGGGAUUCAGACUGCAGAGGCCAGCGCCAAAGAGAUUUUGCAGUUCUUGCAAAUGAGCCAGCAAGUCAUGGAAAAAGUUGCAGGCUCAGGGGACGAGCUGCCCUCCGAAUGGAAAUGGGCACGUGCUUUCUUGGAAGACUUCCAUCAGAACAUGGCCCGCUUCAAGGAAGCCCUGAAGCCGGCAGAUGGAGAUGAGCUCACCGACUUCGUCGAUGAAUUGAAACUCAACAUUCUCGGCAAGGGUGGCUUCAAGUCGUUGAAGAAGAGCUACGGCAAUCGCUAUGAGGCUAUGCUGACCCUCUUCGUUGACCGCUGCUAUAGCAUUGGCUCUACGUUGAAUUCCAUCGCUACGAAGGUUCACAACAUGGCCCAGGCUUCGAUUGCUCCCAAGGAGAUUACUUCCAAGAGGUACCGAAGAACUUUGCCAAUGUGGGUGCAGGGGGUGGUGCAGCUUGUUGUUCGCAUCGAAUCCAUUGACAUGAGAUCCCAGCUCUACCGGAAGUUGGUCUACAAGAAGAAAUUCCGAGGCCGUGGCUUGGUCUCCGAUUUCCCCACGCUUGGGCUGAAGAAAGGUAGCCGCCUUUUGCCAACGGCAGAAAUUCCAGAUGUUGGGCAAUUUGAGUUCUUGACACCCCCUUUUACAACUUCGUGGUGGGUAGGUGCUGAUGAUGCACGCCUUGUGCAUGAUUGCCCUCUCCUACAACUUUCAGGGGUUGGUUUGGAGAUGUGGUCUCUAGAUAUCAUGCACAGCUGGCACUUGGGGCCUCUUCAAUUGCUAGUGAGUUUGGCUUUCAACUUCUGUCUCGAUUCUGGCUUAUGGGCUCCCACUUCAACUGGAUUGGAUGCUGCAGAAAAACGUAAGCUCAGCCUAUUUGCAAUCAAAGCGGAACUCUUCCAGUUUUACCGGGAUCAGAAAAAGGACCCUUCAUGGGUUGGAAAAUCUUCAGAAGUCUGGAACUUGACCCUCACGAUGCUCGGGACAACCGAUAGUCCCAGCCUCCAUGCGAAGGCAGCAGAAUCUCACGGCUUGGCUCUCUUCGUGCGGCACCUGUUGGAGAAAAGCAUCCCAUCUUUUGAGGAAAAGUUGCCCCAUGAGAAAGCUAGGCGAGGGAAAUUUCUUUUGGAAGCUGCAAAGGCAGCCGAAAAAUUGGAUCAAAUUUUUUCUGGCGAGAAUCGAACUUUAUCCCGUUCACAAAGUCAAGAGGCUUUGGGGGCUUAUUCUCGGUUUUUGUCCUUUUUCAGCAAAGCUGAAGGGCCAUUGACACCCAAAUGCCAUUUUAUGUUUCACUUGAUCCAACGGAGUCUGUACAAGGGAAACCCUAAGAAGUACAGUACCUACAGGGAUGAAAGUUUCAAUGGGCUUAUUGCCCGAAUUGCACGAUCGUGUCACCGAAGAACUUGGGCCAAUGUAAUUCAUUGGAAGUGCCAAGCUUUGCAUAAGAAGAGCCAUGACUAUGUCUUAGCAGGAAAUACCUUCAAAAAAAUCUAA